AUGCCGCGAGAACACCCAGCCACGGUCUCACCCGAAGAGGUUCGCCGCACCUUAAGGGAUCUUGAAUCGCGCCGGUCCUAUCAGCGCCGGUCACAGACUGUCAGAGUUCCCCAUGACGAGAUCCUCCGUGUCUUGCACGAUAUGGAUCGCCGGCGCGCCGAAGACCAAACCCGCCGCCGUGAAGCUCAAUACCAAUAUGCCGCACACACGCAGCCGCCAGCCACUCCAUCACCAAAACGACCUAGAGAAGAGCAACGGGACUCUGUCGAGUCCACUCUACAUCACUAUGACGCCUGUUUCCGCGUCAAGGAGCUUGCGUCAUCAACGCGAUCCUGGUGCCACGAAGUUCCACUUGCCCUUCAGGUUGAGGCCUCCAAGUCUUUCUACCAAGCGUUUACGGACGAGAGGACGUUGCCGGUCUCCCACUGCGUCUUCUGCUACAGGAAGACAUCGCCUUGCGAACUCACCACCAUGCAGUGGAGGGGUCGUCUGUCACCCUUGCUGCUACAGACGGCCAUGGCUCUCCAGGAGUGUGAUGCGUGCCUUCCGUCGCACGAGGGCGCCGGAGUUGACGUGUGCCGCGAGUGUCGCGCCAGCUUCGACAGUGGGCGGCUGCCUAAGGCCUGCUCGGUCAACAACAUGGCCAUCGGUUGUGAGCACCGGUACCCCGAAGAGCUUGAUGACCUCUCUCCCGUCGAAGAGAGACUCAUUGCCCUGCAUGCACCUUUUGGCUAUAUCACUAAGUUCACCGUCGACAACAAGACCCGUUCGGGAAUCAGUUACCGCAAGCACGUGAAAGGACAUAUUGUCGUCUUUCCGAACAAAGUGGACGAUCUCGUGGCCACGGUUCUUCCUCAUCCCUUGCUGCAGGCCAUCGAGAACAUUCACGUCUCUUGGAGCGGUUCGGCUAAGCCUGGCUCCGCAGACGUCAGAAACCUGCUUCAGGUGCGCAAAUCUCGAGUGGCAGCUGCCUUGGCAUGGCUACAAAGGAACAACCCGCUUUAUGAGGGUAUCGCAAUCAACCAAGCAGAGAUGGACGGCUGGCAGUAUGCCGACGGCUCCACUGUUCCGACCGUCAUCAUGGACCGCAUGCGAAGAGAGGAACCGUCGACUGUUGAGAAGACACAAACGGACCACAUAGUCCCGGACACCGAUCGAGGCUUGCAGGAAAACAGCUUUAGAAGCAUCGAUGAACUGGUGAACUCGAUCGAUCCUACUUUCAUCGCCGAAUCUUGCGAUUUGAACUGUACUCUGUCGACCGAGCAGACUCAACCUCUCCUGGAAGUGGACACUGUCUGUGAGACGUCUACAUCCGGCAUGUUUCCUCUCGAUGGUCCGGCUGCCUUCGCCGAGUCCGAUAAACUGUCGUUUCUGGCCGACAUCGUCAACGCCAAUCCGGAUCGACAUGGCAACUCUGUGCUGUUUGAGCAGGCCUAUGCGAACUUGACCGAGGACCGACUGAAGAGGGCCGAGGCGGAGAUGCGGGAGACAAGGACUACGUCGGACCCCGACAUAUCGCUCUUGCUCCGCGAGCUGUCGAUUUUGGUCAUGCACAGCCGCUCUCCAACGAAUCCCGUCUGCUUAUGCGGAGGAAGAUCCAAGCUCUGGACAUUUGGGCCGAUGAAGCUUGCCAUUCAUAGGCUCCAUGAUUAUGAGUCUGCAAAGGAGCUUUUGGCCGAUCUCCGUGAAAGGUACGACAGAAUCGCCCUCAGCACCAUGGAUCCGGUCAGCUCGGCCAUCUUCUUCCACCGAGAAAUAUCUCUAUUCUUUGACAAAUACGUGAACACAGGCCAGGAAUCGAUCUUCGGGAAGAUCAGCCACUACUACGCCACGGUGGAAACGAACGAGCGAGGCAGCCUCCACUUGCAUGGACUCCUCUGGCUGGACGGCAACAUGCGGUUACCGAACCUGAUGGACGACAUGGCCAAUCCCGCGGAAGAAUCGUAUCGUGCCCAGGUGAUCCGUGCACUCCACACGUACACCUGCCUCAAGUAUUCUCUGAAGGGUAUCGUCGAACAGGGUGCAGAUCCACAGAGACGGACAGCCUGCCGCUUCAAGGCACCGUGGAAGAUCGUCGAGGAGACAGGGUUCACAGAGGACGGUCUGCUUCAGAUCCGGCGCAAUCACCCACUCGUCAACCGGUAUAACAAGUCAUUGGCGGUCGGCCUUCGCCACAAUCACGACGUCUCGAUGAUCUUGACCAAAACCAAGGGCCUGGCCAUGGUGUACUACAUCACGAACUACGCCACCAAACUGGAUACGCCGAUGUGGAAGCGCAUUGCUCUCGCCGCCGAGGUUGCCCGCCAACUCCGCGAAGCCGGUCGUCCGACGUCUCGCGCACCAGAUCCCGCCCUGCCCGACAACAGGCAGCAGGCAGUGUUGAACGAAAGCCGUCAAUUCCUGAUGAGAACGGCAAAUCGGAUCUUCUCCGAGCGACAACUCUCGGCCGUAGAGGUCUGUUACCACCUCCUUGGAUAUGAUACCGACUUUACCAACGUGCCGCAUUGGUCUUUCCUGAACCUGACGGCGCUCUAUUGGGCAAUCUUUCGGCUAUGGGCACAUCUCCGCCAUCAGGCCGGCGAGCUGACGGACGCUGAACAGCCCGCGGAGACAAUCCCUCUGAGGCAAGGAGGGCGAACCCUAUUAUGCCUGGAGGCGUACGCCUACCGCGGUCAUGUUCUACAAGACUUAUGCCUGUAUGACUACAUGUCAAUGAUUCAUUUGGAUUCCGACUGUGACGACUGGAUGCAAAAGCUUCGACGGCCCGACCAGUACGCCACCCCGAUCUUCCAAGGAUACAUCAGCGACGACCAUGAGGACGAUCACCCAGUCUAUAUUAAGCGAAAUUCGGUCCUACACUUGGCGUUAUUCGUCCCUUGGGAGAACUUUAUUUCUGAGAGCCAAGGCGACAUAACCGACAUAUGGACGACGCAUCGAUCUGGGCUUUGUCCCCGCCUCCGUUUCCAUGUCUCCAACAUUGGUCUUUUGAGAAAAUCUGCCGAAGACGCGCGCAAGGACGCGAAGCUCUGGGCCAGUCGAUCGGAAGGUGACGACACAAUUGACGUCGAGUACCCACUUGACGAUGGCCGCUACGAGGAGGAGCCUCCAGCGAUGGCUCAUCGUCAGGCCUACAGAGCUCUACUCCAGAUUUUGCGAAAUGCCGUGCAGCAAACGGACGCCACGAAAGACUCACCCGUCCUUGGAGGCCUAAUACGCGAUCUGUGCGAAGAGAACCCGGCGGAAGAUGAGCAACCUUUGGUGCAACGUCAGGAGGAUUCUGGUUCUCAGGGGACCAUGCUUUCCGCGGAUGGCGCCGACGUCGACGAUACCCUAGCUCGCUACGGCGAUACGGAGUCCGCUGCUGCGCUCCCGGGCAGCGACCUCAAUGAACAAGGCCCUCGGAUGCUUGUCGACGUCAGUCCGGCAACUAGCUUCGCGGAGAUGGGACGCACCACCGCGGCCAGCUUUACACUGAACUAUCUACAGACCAUGGCCCUUCAACUCGUUUGCCUGUUUCUGGACAAGUAUACUGCCAAUCCGGACUCAGCGGGUCAGCAUCUUCAAUACACCGGCGGGCCGGGUGGCACGGGAAAGUCGAGGAUUAUCGAUGCCCUGAAGGACGUGUUCGCGGCGAGGAACCAGCCGCAUCUUCUGCAGAUAACCGGCACAUCGGGCAGUUCGGCGGCCCAGAUUGGCGGCACGACGAUCCACUCGGCCUGUGGGUUAGAUUCCCAUCGCGAUCCAAACAAACCGCCUCCCCCCUUCUCGGAGGCGAAGAAGUGGAUCUGGAAACAGAAGCUGGUACUCGUGAUUGACGAGGUCAGUAUGCUUGGAGGAGCCACUCUGCACAACGUCAGUCGUCACCUGCAGGCACUCCGUGACUGCCCGGACGAACCAUUUGGCGGGAUGCCCGUCGUUCUACUGAUGGGAGACUUCUACCAGUUCGCCCCCCGUGCGGGAAACAAGCCUACUAAUCAUCACACCGCCGGACCGAACAGAGACCCCCCCCUGCGACAAGCGACCAUCUCUCACCACAGCGGCUGCAGAUUGUGGCAUCUGUUCAAAACCGUGGUGCUCCUCGAAGACCAAGUCCGCGCACGCAACGAUCCCCAACUCCGUGCACUCCUGGAUCGAGUUCGUAACGGGCGCCAGACCCAUGAAGAUCUGAUCUUGCUCAAUGCCAACAUUGUAGGACGCUCGCAAAUCACCUUCCACGAUGGUUUGCGUGCUAUAACGCCGCUGAACCGCACCCGGUGGGCCCUCAACAUGGAAGCUGUCGUUGGCUGGGCGCGCUUCAACCAGCGGCAUAUCCGUAUCUUUGUCUCGACUCACACCUGGCGUAGCGGCACGCUUUCUCCAGACAUCGUGGCGCGAACCAUCGGACAAGGCGACGACUCUGCCUGCAAAGUCCCCGGCGUCUUAUUCUACGCCCAGGGCAUACCCGUGGUUGUGAACAAGAACAUCUACACUGGCCUGAAGGUUGUGAAUGGGGCCGACUUUACUGCCGUGGAUGUAAUAAUCGAUCCCAAUCACCCGGGAUACUGCUUGGCAGAUGACGUGACCAUCCACUUCGGGCCACCGCUCGGCAUUCUUCUGCAGUCCGAGGAGACGAAGGCCUUGGCGAUACCGUCCCUCCCGGUGGGGACGGUACUCAUCCGACCCAUGUCGCAUACGCUCGAUUCGACUAACUCUCACUUCAAAUUCUUGUCGGCAAGAUGCACGCGACGUGGAUUACCCGUUGCGCCAGCGUUCGUCCUCACUGACUAUAAAUCCCAGGGUAAAACGUUCGUGGAGGUACUCUUGGAGCUGCGUGGAAAUCGUGUGACCAAUGGUGAACCCUCCAAAUGCGAUUUCACGAGCCUCUAUGUUCAACUGUCCAGGUGUACUACGCUCCAUGGCAUCAAACUCCUCAGUCCCGUGAGAUACCAGGAUUUUAUUGACAAUACGCUAGAUCGAGCCAUGCUUGAUGGAAUGCGCAAAAUCACAAACUUGGCGGCGCAAACGAGACGGGCAUAUGAGGGUGGCGGUUCAGAAAAGCAGUGA